AAGGAGCAAAGAAACUUGGACUUGCAAGGAGGCUCUGAAACCAGUUUCGAUCACGAAGAACUAGGUUUGAAGCUCACAUUUCGCCCUCAAAUUUGCAGGAAACAAACAUCAAAUCCUGGCAUGAUAUCAACUACUUCCAUUGCUUACAUGUACAAGAAAAUGUUUUUGAGUAGUUGGCCUCUUAGUUAGGUGUAUAAAUUAUCUAGAUUUGGUUGGAUAAAUGUUGUGAUUCUGAUUAAUUUUAUAACAUAAAUUUUAUUAUAAUUGUCUAAUUAUUAAGUGCAAGUUUGUAGCUUAAAAUUAUUUAACACACAAUUAGUCCAAAAACAAUUAUGAGCCAUCUCAACUUAAAUAAAUAGAAGAAUAAGCAGAGCAGUAGAAGGGGCGUCUACACAUGCGCUGUUACGCAUAACGUCUGUUCAACACCGAAAGAGAACUGAAAAUUUGAAGGAAAACCAAAAGGACGACUCGGGAAGUUCUGCAAGCGGCAGAAACCAUAAAAUUUAUUAUUCUGAAGCUUUGGCCUAUAAUUUAUCAGACAAGAUGGAAGCUGAUGAACUAUAUCUUGAUCUCCUAGCACUGAGGCAACUGUACGUCUUUCUCUUAAAAUGCUGUUUGCGGGAUGCAAAUUCAGAACUUGUGGUGGGUGCAAGGGCAAAGAUUUUAUUCAAGCAUUUGCUCGAUGAUGCCACUACUGGACUUCUCGAGUUUCACUCGAAGACUCUGCCAUUUUACAACUUUUUACGCAAAGAUGAUAAACAGACAAAGCCACUGGACGAGAAAGUUGCUGAAUGGAUGGAACAUAAUCAAACUGCAAGAACGAUGGCAAAUCCAGAGAAGAUUGAACACAAACCAGGAAGGGACAGAGCUUCAGCGUCAAAUGUUGCCGCUAAUGACUUGUCAAGUGGGAUCAGUUCAGCACUCAGAAGAAUUGAACUCCACAUUUUAUCCCUGCAACGUUAUACAAGAAGCCAUAUCAGUGAAACUAAAUUAGCUUACUAUGGGCAGUCUGUUCAUCAGGGGAAUGAGUCAUUAAACCACCAAAAAGUUAAGCCGAUGGUGGCAAACCAUUGUUCCAAGUUCGUGCAUGGAUUCAGAAUACCUCUGACUCAAGACAAGAACGAGGCCAUGAAACAGCACGAACUUGCGCUUCCACCGACUCUGAUGGAUAAAUCAGGAUGUCCAGAAGGAUCCAAGGCAACUGCCAGGCGCGCUAUGAAACUGAAUCGAACUUGGAUACAAGAAAAGAGGAGCAAGAAUUCACGUGGUCGUAUUGUAAUGAGACCAACUUUGUGGCAUAACAAGACCCAUCUGGCUGCCCAGCAAGAAUCAGAAUACACAAACUCAGAAUCAGAAUCAGCACCUUCUUCAAGUCCGGCAACUCGACAAACCAGUGAAAGUGAAACCACUGCUGAUUCUUCUUCUCCCGGUGACCAAUCCAGUCCACCGGCAACUGGUUCAGAGGCAAGUAGCCAGUGCGGAAACAGCAGUAGCAACAUUUCAAGAGAAGCAUUCAAGUUCAGCCAUGGGAAGAAAGAGUCCAAGAAAGCAGUAGGACGGUUCAAGAGUUUAAGAAACAAAUUGGGCCUUAUCUUCCACCACCACCAUCACCAUUACCAUAACGGUCACAACUCCAUGUGGAAGCAAGUAAGAAGGAUGUUCCACCGUACAGGUAAGAAAGAACUAACAAGUAAAGAAGAAAAAAAUGGGAUGCUAAGGAAAACAACAAUCAGAAGUGUGUCUCGGAAUAACCAAGUUGGGAAGUUUCAAGCACUUGCUGAAGGGCUUCGAAGCCAUGUAUGGAAAUCGAAAGCCAUGAAGAAGAAAGAGCAAAGAGGGCUUAACUGUGGGAAGACGAAUGGUGGGAAGAAGCUGCAUUGGUGGAAAAUGAUUCGACGCCGCCGUGGAGUGAAGUUGCCCAAUAAAGGACGUGUGAAAAUAGGGUAUGUAAACAAAAAACCACAUGUUAAGAUAAUUUAAUUUUAGUGGGACAUU